CCCUGCUGAGCUGGGAGAUGUCGGCUGCGGGACGGCCCGAGCCCUUGCGUCCUCCCGACGGCUUUGCGAAGCGGGUCCUGGUGACCGGGGGUGCUGGUUUCAUUGCAUCACAUGUGAUUGUUUCCUUAGAAGAUUAUCCAAACUAUAUGAUCAUAAAUCUAGACAAGCUGGAUUACUGUGCAAGCCUGAAGAAUCUUGAAACCAUUUCUAAUAAACAAAAUUACAAAUUUAUACAGGGUGACAUAUGUGAUUCUCACUUCGUGAAACUACUUUUUGAAACAGAGAAAAUAGACAUAGUACUACAUUUUGCCGCACAAACACAUGUAGAUCUUUCGUUUGUCCGUGCCUUUGAGUUUACGUAUGUUAAUGUUUAUGGCACUCACGUUUUGGUAAGCGCUGCUCAUGAAGCCAGAGUGGAGAAAUUUAUUUAUGUCAGCACAGAUGAGGUCUAUGGAGGCAGUCUUGAUAAGGAAUUUGAUGAAUCUUCUCCCAAACAACCUACAAAUCCUUAUGCAUCAUCUAAAGCAGCUGCUGAGUGUUUUGUACAGUCUUACUGGGAACGAUACAGGUUUCCAGUUGUCAUCACACGAAGCAGUAAUGUUUACGGACCACAUCAAUAUCCAGAAAAGGUUAUUCCAAAAUUUAUAUCUUUACUUCAACACAACAGGAAAUGCUGCAUUCAUGGAUCAGGGCUUCAAACAAGAAACUUCCUUUAUGCUACUGAUGUAGUAGAAGCAUUUCUCACUGUCCUCAAAAAGGGAAAACCAGGUGAAAUUUAUAACAUUGGAACCAAUUUUGAAAUGUCAGUUCUCCAGCUUGCCAAAGAACUAAUACAACUGAUCAAAGAGACCAAUUCAGAGUCUGAAAUGGAAAACUGGGUUGAUUAUGUUAAGGAUAGACCUACCAAUCACAUGAGAUAUCCAAUGAAAUCAGAAAAAAUACAUGGCUUAGGAUGGAGACCUAAAGUGCCUUGGAAAGAAGGAAUACAGAAAACAAUUGAGUGGUACAGAGAGAAUUUUCACAACUGGAAGAAUGCAGAAAAGGCAUUAGAACCCUUUCCAGUACAACCACCGUUUGUAUAGCCGGGACAGUUUUCAGAGAAAGAAGAAACUUAUCCUACCUCAACAAGUGAUAUGAAAUCAAGCGACCAAAUGAAGUGUCCUCUUUUCAUUUGGAAUUAGAUUAUGACUUUUUGUAUAAAAUUCAAAUGUAAAAUGCCUCAGUCUUUAGAAGAGGUUCAGCAUUAGCAUAGGAUUUAAAUAUCAAAAUUCUCUCAGAAACCUUUUCUCCUAAAAAUUAGGGACCAGUAAGCAUAGAAAGACUCUUCUGUAGGUGUAGGCCAGGAA